CAACUCUCCAAACUCCUUAUAAUUGUCCCAUGCAUAUGGUGCCCCGGCCGGCCCGUUUCCUUUCUAUCUCUACCCAUUCAUUAAUUCCCUGCUCCUCUACCCUUUUCCUUAGCCGACCAAACUCAAAAGAAAAUAUCUCUCUCUCUCUCUCUCUCUCUCUCUCUCUAGAUCAGCCUGUGAUCUCUUCUCCAUGUAUAUAUAUAUAUGAUUGAUUAUUAUAUAUAGAAGUGCUUACCGGUGUAGCCACGAGGAUAGGACGUUUGAGGUUCUUGUUGGCAGUGUUUGGGGUUUUGUUUUGUUUAUUUGGAGCGAGUAGUGAUUUCAAGGAAAUGGGUAUCUUCUCAUUGAUGACAGGGAGGCCAGGAUCAAGUGGGUUUGGAUCAGCUUCGACUGCCGAGCAGGUUACCCAAGGCAUUGACGCCGCUAACCUCACUGCUAUUGUAACCGGAGGGGCAAGUGGAAUUGGGUUGGAGACAGCACGAGUCUUGGCUCUGCGAAAAGCUCAUGUGAUCAUUGCUGCGAGGAACACGGAAGCUGCUAAUGCAGCAAAGCAACAAAUCUUUAAAGACAUCGAAACUGCUCGUGUGGAUGUUCUUAAGCUCGACCUAUGUUCAAUGAACUCCAUUAAAGCAUUUGUUGCCAACUUCAAUGCUCUUGGCGUUCCCCUUAACAUCUUAAUAAACAAUGCCGGUGUCAUGUUCUGCCCCUUCCAGCUUUCCGAAGAUGGAAUAGAGAUGCAAUUUGCAACAAAUUAUCUUGGACAUUUUCAUUUGACAAAUCUUCUGCUGGAGAAAAUGAAGAACACAGCAAGAACAACGGGGAUCGAGGGCAGGAUAGUCAACUUGUCAUCAAUAGCACACCACCUCACUUACGAACAUGGGAUUCGAUUUGACAACAUCAACGACAGCGUUGGUUAUUCUGACAAAAAGGCGUAUGGGCAAUCCAAAUUAGCAAACAUAUUGCAUGCCAAUGAGCUGUCUCGUCGUCUUAAGGAGGAAGGUAUAAACAUUACAGCAAAUUCAGUCCACCCAGGACUGAUAAUGACUCCCCUAAUGAGGCAUUCUGCUGUUACCAUGAGAUUGCUGCAGUUGUUCACCUAUUUCCUAUGGAAGAACGUACCCCAGGGUGCAGCCACGACUUGUUACGUCGCACUCCACCCAAAUCUGAAAGGUGUGACUGGAAAGUAUUAUCUGGACUGCAAUGAGAUGGAACCAAGUGAGUUAGCCAAGGAUGCUGUGUUGGCUCGAAAACUCUGGGACUUCAGCAAUAAAUUGGUUAAUUCGACUUCAAAACCUUGAAAUCAGAAAGCAAGCUAGCUAGCUACGUACAGCAUGUUUGAUAAAUUAUACUAUUGCUUUGAUUGAUCCGUUAUAUAUACUAUCUUAUGGAAAAGUAGAUAUAAUUGCAGUUGCAGUCAGUACUUGUCCUGUCAAUCAAGGAUCGAGUGUUAUUUAAGCAAUCGAUUCAUUGUUGAUGAUUUGGUAUCUCAUGUGUAGAAUUCUCACUUUCUUUUUUGAA